CGCCUGCGCGGAGUCUCGGGGCGGCGGCGGAGACGAGAGGGCGCCGGGCGCCGGGCUCCGGGCGGCUGCGGGCGCCGCGGGCCGCGGGUCCUCCGUCCGCCAUGCCGGGGAUGGUGCUGUUCGGCCGGCGCUGGGCCAUCGCCAGCGACGACUUGGUUUUCCCGGGGGUCUUCGAGCUGUUGGUGCGAGUGCUGUGGUGGGUCGGCAUCCUGAUGCUGUAUCUCAUGCACAGAGGGAAGCUGGACUGCCCGGGGGGCUGCCUGCUCAGCAGCUACCUGAUCGUGCUCCUUGUCCUCCUGGCGGUUAUCAUAGGCACCGUGUCGGCCAUCGUGUGUGUCAGCAUGAAAGGGACCAUCUGUAAUCCGGGACCGCGGAAGUCCAUGUCCAAGCUGCUCUACGUGCGCCUGGCGCUCUUCCUGCCAGAGAUGGUCUGGGCGUCCCUGGGGGCCGCCUGGAUCGCGGACGGCGUUCAGUGUGACCGGACUGUGGGCAACGGCAUCAUCGCGACCGUCGUGGUCAGCUGGCUCAUCAUCGCCUCCACCGUGCUCACCAUCCUCAUCGUCUUCGACCCGCUGGGGGGCAAGGCGGCCCCGGGCACCCCCCUGGGCCCCCAGCCCCUGGACGGCCAUGAGUCCAGCCAGCUGCUGAGCGGCCUCAGGACGGCGGCGACCGGCGUGUGGGAGACGCGAGUCAGGCUGCUGUGCUGCUGCGUCGGCCGGGACGACCACACUCGCGUCGCCUUUUCGAGUACGGCAGAACUUUUCUCAACCUACUUUUCAGACACGGACCUGGUGCCCAGCGACAUCGCGGCCGGCCUUGCCCUCCUCCAUCAGCAGCAGGACCACGCCCGGAGCUCCUCGGAGCCCACCGAGGUCGUUACCCACUCCCCUGGGUCCUUCCAGGAGGCCGAUCUGGAUGCAGAGUUGGAGAACUGCCACCACUACAUGCAGUUCGCAGCCGCCGCCUACGGGUGGCCCCUCUACAUCUACAGGAACCCCUUCACGGGGCUCUGCCGGGUCGGCGGGGACUGCUGCAGACGCAGGACCACCGACUAUGACCUGGUCGGAGGCGAUCAGCUCAACUGCCACUUCAGCUCCAUCCUGCAGACGACGGGGCUGCAGCACCGGGACUUCAUCCACGUCAGCUUCCACGACAAGGUGUAUGAGCUCCCUUUCUUGGUGGCCCUGGACCACAGGAAGGAGUCGGUGGUGGUGGCCGUCAGAGGGACCAUGUCUCUGCAGGACAUCCUCACGGACCUGUCCGCGGAAAGCGAGCCCCUCAACCUGGAGUGUGAGGUGCAGGACUGCUGGGCACACAAGGGCAUUUCUCAGGCCGCCAGAUACGUCUACUGCCGACUCGUCAACGACGGGAUUCUGAGCCAAGCGUUCAGCAUCGCACCGGAGUACCGGCUGGUCAUCGUCGGGCACAGCCUGGGCGCGGGCGCCGCGGCGCUGCUGGCCCUCAUGCUCAAGCGCCCGUACCCGCAGGUCAGGUGCUACGCCUUCUCCCCGCCCAGGGGGCUGCUCAGCAAAUCCCUUUAUGAAUACUCCAAGACCUUCAUCGUGUCCCUUGUCCUGGGCAAGGACGUGAUUCCCAGGUUGAGUGUGACCAACUUGGAAGAUCUGAAGAGGAGGAUCCUGCGAGUGAUCGCCCACUGCAACAAGCCCAAGUACAAGAUCCUGCUGCGCGGGUGCUGGUACGAGCUGUUCGGAGGGAGCCCCGAGGACCUUCCCACCGAGCUGGACGGGGGCGACCUGACGCAGCCCCUCCUGGGGGAGCACAGCCUGCUGGCGCACGGGUCCCCGGCCUACAGCUUCUCCAGCGAGUCCCCGCUCGAGUCCCCCACCAGGUACCCGCCGCUCUACCCUCCCGGCAGGAUCAUCCACCUGGAGGAAGAAGGCGCCUCAGGGAGGUGCUCCUGCUACCCUGCUGCUCGGUACACCGUGAGGUGGUCCCACGAGUCAGAAUUCAGCAAAAUACUCAUCGGCCCCAAGAUGCUCACAGACCACAUGCCAGACAUCCUGAUGAGAGUCCUGGACCACGUGGUGUCCGACAGGGCCGCCUGCGUUUCCUGCCCGGCCCGCGGAGGCUCCAGCGUGGACCUGGCAUGACCAGGGCGACCGGGAGCUGCUCGGACCGUGGACCCCGCCGGGGUUCCGCGAGGCCAGUAGGCGGAUUCCCGUCUACCAGAGGUCGAGGGUCUCCUAUGUGACUAACUUGAGAAGUACUUUUGCUCGCAGUAUUUGCAGACUCAGGAGCGAGGAGAGCGCCGAGGUGAUGGGCAGGUGUGCAGAGGGAUGCAGGAUCCCCUUGCCCACAGGCCUGCCGCUUCUGGGAAUCGGGUUUAAGACCCUAAUGGGUCUGUAAGCGCCUGCCCCUCGGGCCCCCGUUUCGGAGACUGGGUCCUCCCUUAGGACCGCGUAGAUCAGCCUGAAUCAGCACACAGGGCGUGGUGUACUCUGCAAACUGGACUUUACCCGCUGCACAGACUGUUUCCGUUUCAAGGGCGCAGCUCGAGGUUCUGUCCUCAGUGGCACUGAAUGAGGCUCGGCCCUGAGCUCUGAACCAGAUGAAUCCAGAGGGCGAGGCGAGCAGUCUUCUGCCCUCCAGGAGGCCCUGGUCACACCCUCUGCUUAUUCUGUCAUCCUCGAGUUCUUGGGGGGAUACUCUGGCUCGUGGAGGUCGGCCAGCGACUCAGCGUAAAAGCGAAGCAGGUACACAUCAUGAGUGCCUGCACAGCCCUGAACGCUCCUGGGGACAGUUCCGGGAACGUCUGGUUUACUGGGUAGUUUUACCAGUCACAUUUUGAAUGUGUUUUUCUGUCCACUGUAAACACCACGAAUGAAGCCUUCAGUUUUCUUGGAGCUCCACACGGCCCGGGCAUCCGACUGCACCCCACCCCCGACGCAAACCCCAUGAAGUGACAGUAAGCGGACUUCUUCAGAAAGCAUAAACCCACAGUGAGAGGGGACAGAAGGACAGGGGCAAGGAGACGGCCGGAGGGGACGGGACUCCUGGUGAGGUGGGAAAGACAAACCUGGUCUGCAGAGACGCCCCGGACACCUCUGCCUGGGGUGAAGCGGAUGGUGGGGCUGGCCAGAGGGACAGCUGAGGAGGGGGCACUGGGAUCAGCGCAGCACGUGUUCCUCAGCCCCUCCCACUCGGCUCCCAGAACCUUCUGACCUCCGGGGACGCCCGCACCCCUCAGGCCUGGCAGCUGUCAGGGGCAUACCACUCUGGCUUUUGAAAACACGUGAAAGCUCAUGUAAAAAACUUGGAGUAAAAUGCCACAUAAAUUUCAUUUCUAAAUGUAAUCCCUGUACACUCCUAGCGGCAGGAAGGUAGGCGACCCUGGGCUGCUUGAGCCACACUGCCCUGGCCUGACCCCCUGCGCGCUAGGUGUCAGGUCCGCCUUCGGCUUUCCGUGUCCAAGCUCGCGCCACGGAUCGCCCAGCCUCUUGAGGGACAAAGGCCCGAGAGAAACAAGCCUGGGAGAAGCUUCAAACCCUCCUAGCUACAGCCUGGGAACAGAAAAAGUGCUGCAACCACAGAACUGAUCCACAAUCCGGAAAGCGAAAAAAACCUCCUGGACCGGACAAACAUGAAGUGAGGGGAGAUGAGCUUCCAGACAGGGAGCCCCCUCAGCACAGGGUCGGAGAUAAAGGCCCACCCAGGACGCGAGGACGCGGGCAGACCCCGCGAGACCCGGAGACACAUGGCGCCUCCCCCUGCAGAGCGGAGGCAGAGACGACGGGGUGGGGCGGGUGGGGGAGGGCCUACCUUUAAAACUUCCCUAGUGCUCCCAGGGCAGGGGGCCCAGGUUCAAUCCCUGGUGACGGAACUAGUUCACACAGGCCACAAGGAAGAGUUCCACGCGGCAAUGAAAAUAUCCUGCAUUCUACAACUAAGACCCAGCACAGCCAAAUAAAUGAUUUUUUAAAAAACCCAAA